CACCAUUGAGUUGCAAGACUUGACCAAGAUGAAACUGUUCGUAUUCCUGGCCUUGGCCGUGGCCGCAGCUACUGCUGUGCCCGCUCCCGCCCAGAAGCUGACCCCGACGCCCAUCAAGGACAUUCAGGGUCGCAUCACCAACGGCUACCCAGCCUACGAGGGCAAGGUGCCCUACAUCGUGGGUCUGCUCUUCAGCGGCAACGGAAACUGGUGGUGCGGUGGCUCGAUCAUCGGCAACACCUGGGUCCUGACCGCCGCCCACUGCACCAACGGAGCCAGUGGAGUGACCAUCAACUACGGAGCCAGCAUCCGCACCCAGCCCCAGUACACCCACUGGGUGGGCAGUGGCGACAUCAUCCAGCACCACCACUACAACAGCGGCAACCUGCACAACGACAUCUCCCUGAUCCGUACCCCGCACGUCGACUUCUGGAGCCUGGUCAACAAGGUUGAGCUGCCCAGCUACAACGACCGCUACCAGGACUACGCCGGAUGGUGGGCCGUGGCCUCCGGAUGGGGCGGCACCUACGAUGGCAGCCCACUGCCCGACUGGCUCCAGUCCGUCGAUGUCCAGAUCAUUUCCCAAAGUGAUUGCAGCCGCACCUGGUCUCUCCACGACAACAUGAUCUGCAUCAACACUGACGGAGGCAAGUCCACCUGCGGAGGCGACUCUGGUGGCCCCCUGGUUACACACGACGGCAACCGCCUGGUCGGAGUGACCUCCUUCGGAUCCGCCGCUGGCUGCCAGUCUGGUGCUCCCGCCGUCUUCAGCCGCGUCACCGGAUACCUGGACUGGAUCCGCGACAACACCGGCAUCUCCUACUAAGCAGUUGAUGUUCAAUAAACGAUUAUAGCAAAAAUG